CGGCGAUUUGAAUAGUGAGGUUCGAUGGAAAACCUGCCGGAGAGAAUCUUUAAGUCCGGCGAAGAGCCAGACGGCGAUAGGGUUCACAAAUACUUCCAACUCCAAUACCUAAACGAUUUAUCGGAGCAUCUGGAGGCAGACGAAAUUUCGAAGAUCAGAGGCUCGCGGCUGGGCAAAUUGUUCGAUAUCGGGAAAAAGUUUUCUUUUUCCAACAAACUCUGUUUGUUUUUGCUUACAAGGCAGUUAGCAAUCCAGAAAAAGCAUGAGAUUUGGUUUGUUUUUGCGGGUAAGCCGAUUAGGUUUGGUCUGAGGGAGUUUGCAUCAGUGACGGGUUUGCGGUGCGAUCCAAUUUCAAUUGGAAAGGCCGAUGGAAAAAAGAAGGUGGUGAGUAAGAACAAGAUAAAGAAGAAGUCAACUGAAGCCCCUUACUGGUACACUUUGUUCGCGAGGAAUGAAGAGGUGACACCGGAGAUUUUAAUUAAACGGCUUAAAUCUGGCGUUGUCCGUGACCCCGACAUCCGAUUGAAAUAUGCUUUAUUGGUUCUGAUUGAUGGUGUUUUGUGCCCUCGAUCUUUGAAUAUGAAGAUCCAAGAAGAAACCGUAGAAGUGUUGAGGGACGUUGACAAAUUUCUUAAUCAUCCUUGGGGCAGGAUAUCGUUUGAUAUGACUAUGUCAUGUAUCAAGUCUCGAAAAGCUUCUGGGCUUGCCCAAACAAGCUUUGCUGUUCAAGGUUUUGUGCAUGCGUUGCAACUAGUUCUUUUAGAGGUUGUCCCUGACAUUGAGAAGAGCAUGCCGGUUGAUACUCCUGUCUUCGUUGGCGAGGAUUCCGAAGAAGAAGCUGUAGUGGUUGGUGCUGUGGCAUUGGCAAAGUUAAAAUUGGAGCCAAUUUGGGUGAUAGACAGUCAAGCAGAGGCUUCUGUUGAAUCUAUUAUUCCUCUUGAUGAUGCUGUUGUUGGAGACGAUUUGUCUUGGUCUGACGAGGUGGAAGAUGUGAAAGUUGAUAAUUUGGUUAGGUUAGUUCAAGAAGGCUACCAAUGGUCUGGUGAUGAAUUUGGAGGUGGUGUGGUUGUGUCUGCGCUUCCUGUAGAACCUAAAGAAAAAGCAGAAGGGAAAAAAGUUGUUAAGUCUAGGAAGAGGAAGAAGUCUCCUGUUUGUGGCAGCAGUAGUGAUGGUAGCCAGCCUGUACCAUUUUCUGAAUCCCAAAUGGAGUGGUUAGCAAAGCAAAUUAGUUCGCAAGUUUCUUUGGUUGUUAGUAGCAUGGAGGAUCGCCUGUUGUCUCGUUUAAAAGGGAAAAGUGGAGCUGGGCCUGUUGGUGGUAAGAUUGCUGCUGCUGGAGCUGUUUCUCCUGUUGCCAAGGGUAAGGUCAAACCCUCUAGCCGUGGCAAAAAGGCAGUUCUACCCAAGCGGAAACGGAUGCGUGUUGAUGGAAGGUUGAGGGAGAUUAGAGAUGAUGAUGAGACUGAAACGGCUACUGUCCCAGUAGGGGAUGAGUCUGAAACGGUUGGUGGCAAAGGAGGGGAUGAAGGAGGGGAGGAUGUUAGAAUGGGUACUCAAGAAGGAGAGGCUUCUGUUACUAUGGAGGAUGUAGAGACUGAAGAAAGAGGUGGCAAAGGAGGGGAUGAUGUUAGAACGGCUAGACAACAAGGAGAUGCUGAGGAACAUGUUGAUGUACAUCCGGAUGAUACUGUUAAAUCAGUGCUUGAUUCUCUGAACCUGCCUAGUGAAGUGGAGGUCUCUGAGAAUUUAGCUCCUGAUCCUCAGCAGGAGGAUGUUGCUGAUGCUGCUGCCAAAAGUGUGAAUGAUGUCGCUGAAUGUCAGGGGAAGGAAUCUAGUGAGGCUGGAACUCUUGCUCUCUUCCCGAGUGGGGCUUCUGUUGGUUUAGAGGAAAAUGUGUCAGGCGAAGGGGAUGCUAUUGAUAAGAAGUGGUUGGAAAUUGAGAAGUUUUUAGCGGAUGGCGGGAAAUAUCUUUUUGGGGGGAGCUUAUUCCUCCUAACCAAGGACGUGGAGGAGAUUGUUGGACUACAAGUUGUAUGGAAACCAUGGAUGAUGGAUGCAUUUAUCAAGUAUUUCCGUGAUAAGUGGGCUACCUUAGAGGUUGGCUUAAAUCAACCUAAGGUGGUUUUCCAGGGGACAAAAUUUGCUUCCCAUAUCCUUGGUCAUCGAAUCAAAUUUGAGAAGUCUGUGAAGAAGAAGUAUGUAUUUGACCCAGAUUUGAUGGCGUGCGUGCCUCCGGAUUUUGAUACUCUCUACUUCCCAUUCAACUUUGACAAACAACACUGGGUAGGGAUGUGCCUUGAUAUCAGGGGGAGAUAUCUCUAUGUGUUUGAUUGCAACCAGAAGGUGCGUCGGGACACUAGGCUCCGGAAAGAAAUGGAACCUUUGUUGGAGAUGCUCCCUUUCGUUGUUCGUCAAGCGUCGCCUGAGCUGAUGAAGGCAGUCCCCACUGACCCAUUCAUCCUAAGCAGAGACACACAUCUUCCGACUUGUCUACACCCUUCGGAGAGUGGCCUAAUGUCUCUUUUGUUCAUAGAGAGGCAUGCAGUAGGUGGGAUUGAGGCAGCUAGAGGGGUGAGGCCUGAGGAGUUGGCUGUUCAAGCGAAGCAAUUGCUUAUUGAGAUGUAUGAUGUGUAUGCUGAGAAGUGAAUUGUUGGUUUAGGAUUUGUCCUUGUUCUUAUUGGAGUUUCUAAUUGUCUGUCUUAGGAUUUGUUACUGAAUAAUUGAAGUUUAUUUAA